UAAGUCGCACAUGAAUUUUGGCUGGGCGAAUUAAUAUGCGGCGAUUUCCUGGACCAACUUGACAUUUCUCCAUCUUCAUAGUCUCACAUCCAACUUCUAUAAAAUGAGUAUCACCGAUGAAUUUGCCUCCAGAAACUUCUCAUUGUAUGGACAAUGGCUGGGUCUCGCUUCUUUGAUCACCUUGAUUAUCAUUGGUGUCUUCACGGUCGUGGCUAACCCUAUCUUUGCCAUCAUCGGCUGGGUCUUUGCCUUCAUCCUCUUUUUCGUCGAAGUUCCACUAUGCAUGAAGUUCUGCCCUACUAGCCCACGUUUCGAUGCUUUUGCUGCUCGUUUCGAGAACUCUUACUUGCGUGCUUUGCUUUAUAUUGUGAUGGCUAUUGUCAUGUUCUUGUCUGCUACCAUCAGUAAGACUCUCCUCUUGCUCUCAGCUUGUUUCUUGCUGUUCGCUGGACUUUCGUAUGGCUUCGCUGCCUUGAAAGGCCAACCCCACGCCAGCUCUUCCAUGCUUGGCGGUACGGGUGUCGACAACGUUGUCUAAGCACUCUCCCACUUUGUUGGAACUCUUAUAAUAUAGUGUGCAUACACAC